CCAAAUUGACUGAUACGGAGUGGAUUCCAGACUAAUGCGUGCUGACCUGACCCGAAUCUGUUGAGGAAAUAGAUAAUGGACAUGUUUGAUGUCAGUGACUUUGCUGUGCCUGUGAACACACUCCAAGCGGUGGCUCAUAUAAUGAAAAUAUUUAGGCUUACCGUGAAAGAGAACUGUAAUAGAUCGCUCUUAUCUGAAUAGAUAUCCUUUUCUUUGAAAAUGCAUUCGCUUGCAUAUGUUGCGAAUAUGAGCUAUUUCAGAAUAUACAUGAAUGUGUAUACUCUACCCCUGAAGUGUAGGACUACGUAAAACUUUGUUUGAGGCAUUCGUUUGGGUUUUGACUGUAAACAUAUUUUUUGUGGAAAUCUAAACAUUACACAGUGACAAAAUAUAUUGUGGUCUGAUGUAAUGCCAAAAGCAACGUAAAUAAAUACAAAUUUUAAAAAAAAGUAUGCGCCCUUCACGUGAGUUAUGAAAUAACGCGCGGGAUCAGCAGCGCGCAUAUAAAAGCGCGAGGCAGCCUGCGAGCGCAGUUUAGUUCUCAUCAGGACACAGCGUGCAGUACGCGAAUACUUACAGAUACAAUACGGAUUCGGAAUAUUGAACGCACGGAAUAUGACGCCAACCAGGCCAGGACAGACAACGGAGCAGGGAAAAGCAGCCUCUGAACUUAAUUCAACAGAGCUGUUGAGGAAGAGGAGGAGAAGGAAGGCUUUGUGGCUGGUGCUUGGCUUGCUCUGUCUGUCUCUGGUUACGGUGGCCCUGGGCACCUACUGCUCAACUCGCACGGAGAGCCUCAGCAUCACUGGUUACAUCUCAGGAGUCAUCUUGGCUUUUGGCUCAUUCCUGGGUGUUCUCGGGCUGCGGCUGGAGGAAAACCGAAAACAACUGUUGAUUGCCUCCAUCGUGUUCCUCAGCUUCGGCAUCAUGGCCUCUUUCCUGUCUGUGCUGGUGGAUGGGGUGUUCAUUCUUCUCAGUGUUGACAUUCGACCACUGAGAGCCGGACGGUGUCAGUUCUACACCAGUGGGAAUAGUUUCAUCUACGAGAACUACUAUGCAUCGGUGCCCUGCCAGGGCCUGAUGGAGUCGUGUAACAUGAAGGUGCGCAGCGGGACCUGCUACUGCUGCGACCUGUACGACUGCGCCAAUGGUGGCUACCUGAAUAACUACUAUGAGUUCGUGGGGGUGCAGAGCUGCCAGGAGGUCCUCUCUCUCUACGUGUGCAUGUGGCUGCUGACCAGCCUAAACCUGCUAGCCUUCGUGCUAGCCAUCAUGGCCACCGCUGUACUGGGAAGCAUCAAGGACCUGAGAGCCUCCCUGUACUUGUCGGCGGGCAGCUCAGCAAGUGACUCCGUGGGCACCACCCAGUCAGACCCCAACCCCCCACCGUUCGCACCCCUCUACAACAUGCUGCCCUACAGACUGCAAGGCUACGCCGCCUAAGGGCCAUCGCCACAGAGACCACCCCCAGCCCAUGUUCACAAACAACCCUCAUCCGGCACAUUUGAAAUUAAAUCAGAUUUGGUUUAUGUGCAUAGGCUGUGAAUUGUCACCAUUUAGGUUUGUCAAGGUGCAUCUCUUUCAAUUGACUAAUGAAAUCACUGACAGAUCAUCCACAAGACUGUAGCCGACAUCUCACCUGGCCAACCUGCAAAUCCAAAGCAGUGUUUGUUUUGGUCAGUAACAUUAGCUUUUCCUUUGUGAAUAUGCCAAAUUGGAUUUCAUUUGAAAAAGUGUAUAUUUCUGUCUCAUCACAUACCUCUCCUGUCUUGUCCAUUAACACAGUCUUUAAGCACAAAGUGUGAAAAAUGAAUACGUUUCAGAGGGAUGGUGUUGAAGGUUUGAGGGCAGCAUUGAGAGGAGCAUCGUCUGAACAGAGGCACCACUAUACUGUAGUGGGGUGUAAGCUACAGACAUUCAGCCAUUUCACAUAUUAUACUGCAUGAUAGAUAGAACCACUAACACAAGGCAAAGGAACAGUCACAUGGAAAGUCAUAACAUCCGGUGUUUAUAGCAUUCCUAUAUAUUCAAUAGGUAUAGUAUAGCAGCAAUGGGCCAACAAAGGUCAUUACAUUAUUUUUUUUUUUUUUUUUUUUUUUUUUUUACAAAAGAAGUCAUUUAAAAAAUCAAAACCAUUAUCAAACAUGUAGAAUAUCAGCAAUACAAAAAGUGAGCCUUUAAACACAAAACAUGUCUACUCAUAGUCUUUGUUUCUCAUAUCGAGUGAAAAAUACUCAAAGUUCACUUCUGUCUAAUUCCAAAUCCAGCAGAAAAAAGGGAAAAGAUUAUAUCCAGGGAAUAACGUAAUCCAGUCACAAAAACAAACAAAAAAUGGAAGACAUUCAUGAUCCUUCUUAAUAACACAAGGAUAGGUUCCUGUCCCAAUCCAAACUCUAUGUACUUUCUUGGGCAUUCCAAUUCAAGUUUCCAAAAAAGUCACUUUUUAUUCAAUUUCCUUUGGCAUUAAAAAAUCAUCGGGCCUUUGAGCGGAAGUUUCCCAGCUCAAGAGUACUCUCUUUUUAUCAAACACAAAAAAAACAGAUUGUUCUCCUGGCACCUGCCCUCCCACAGAUAAUCUAGUCCCCCUAGUGGUUGACAAAAAAAACGACAGCAAAGGAAAACAGGAAACGAACCCAUAGAACUACCCCCAUGUUUACAACUGACAGAAUCAACCUAUCACAUGGACACAUGGAAUUGGCUAGUCACACAAACAUAGAACCAUAACAAUUCACACUAAAUGGAAUCAUCCUGUAACAGGUGAAAUGGUUAUCUGAUCUACCACCAUCAAUAGUGAUGCAGAAUGGGUCAAACUAAAUCAAAAGCAUAUAGGGACAUAUUGAGUGUUCCUCAUAAGACCUGCAGUCAGUGUUCCUCAGAAAAAUAGCAACUAGAACCACAAUUAGACCGGUGGAAUACCAAAUAGACCUGUGAUGUAUCAACUGCAGAACAAGCUAGGAAAGAACACAAUAUGUAACCCUCUUUGCCAAACAGUAGUGUACUUAAAGGAAAGGCAGUAUAAGAUGACAGAGGACCUAUUUUGAGGAAACUAAAGGUUUUUAUUUAACAGCUCCAGUUAAACCCUGAUAUAGUGGUAAGAGCCAUUCCUUCUUUCUGUACACAGUAUGUUCUAUACUGCUAGCUGGCUUUGCAGUGAAAGCUGCACUCAAGGCAAAUGAAGCACAGCCCCUUUAAUGACGCAUGUACUCUCGUCCUGCACUAAAGAGUCGUCCUGCACGCUUUAGAAUGGAGAUUCAUAUUUAAAAUGGAUUGUUUUAUGUGUCCAAGUCUUGGUUGAAGGCCAUGCUGUGAGAGGAGUGCGAAGGACCUUUGGGUGGCCGAGCGAUUGUUUUUAUGUAAAUGUCUGUACAUGAAAUGUAAAUAUAAGUCUUUAUAAGGAUGAUUUCUUUUUACGAUAUGUUUUUAUAAAGGCUUUUAGGGCAGUGUGAGCAGCAAAAUGUUUUUUUUUUUUUUCUAAAUCAUCAAACAAGUUGCCAAGUUUCUGACAUUUUUAUACCACCAUUGAAACUAUAUUCGCCAGUAAACUUUAAAUACCAAAGGCUGUUUUGUCUACUUUGUCUGUUUUAUAUCCAGAAUGCAAAUGUCUCACCAAUAAAUAUUUACCACACAUCAUUAACACUGAUAUUUACCACACAUCAUCAACACUGAUAUCUAGCAAAACUUUCACACAAAUGUACUCUAUGUUUAAAGAUUUGUGUAAUUGUAUGUAUGCUUGUGCGUUAGUGCGUGCAUGUGUGUUGUUACACCUUGAGAUAAAUGUCUCUAAGCUCAUUUUUUAUUUUCGUUUACUUAUCCCCUGGCACCACAUCUGUCUCCCCUUUCCUCCCUUCUCAUCUCCUUUUAGUCUAUCUCUGUUUCUCUAUUUUCUGUCUACAGAUUUCCAGUCUUUAUAUCCCCCUUUCCUCUCCUCUCCUCUGUCUCUCUGUUCGGUUCUAUAAUGUGUCUCUCCCUCUGACCUGAAGGAGUGAUGCAACACUGUCACAGAGAUCUGAGUGAGCAAGAAGCUGUCAAUAUGUGUGUGUGUGUGUGGGUGGGUGUGUAUGUGGGAGGACAAUGCUUCUUUGGCUACAGAGAAAGUUGUCAUGUAAGAUAGGGGGAGUUCAGUCGUGUCAUUCAGAUGUGUGUGUGUUGGGGUUGGAGGCUGUGAAGGUGCUGAAACACCUGUGAUGACUUAAUAGGCUGUCUAUAUCUCACCAUCAAAUCCUGAUGAAAGAGAAGAAGAUUCCUCAGAUAAAACGAACCCCCUUCAGCACUGCUGUA